CGUUUGGCAAAACGGGGCUUUUUUCGGACAUUAAAUUAAAAUAUUUAAAUUUUAUUGUUCGGAAACCUGUAAAUUCCACGAAAUGACGACACCUGGAGCAGGAGCAAUGAGUGCUGCGGCAGGGAGCGGAGGUCCUGAUGGAAAUUGGAGAUCGACUCAGUUUAGAUCAAAAGUCGUCGCACAAAUCAAUGAUGCCUUAAGAGAUGCCUGCAACCCAAUAGAGAAAUCAGGUAGUGAGCUGGAGGAGCACAUCUUCAACAGGGCAAGGGAUAGGGAUAGUUACCUGAGUCUCGUAGCUCGUCUUAUCCUCCAUAUGAGAGACAGUAAUGCUGCCAAAGAGAAAGGUCUAACUGGUAGAAUGACUCCCAACAUGGCAGGACAGCAACAAGAUCCAAUGGUAGCUUUGCAGGGGCUAACUCAGAUGGGCCAGUCCCACAGCCCCGGUGGUCCCAGUCUCCAGAUGCAGCCCAACCCUAAUCAGAUGGUCCCCGGAGUCGGUAACCAAGGCAACAGGCCCAUGAUGAGGAACCAGAUGGGACAACCACAAGGGGGCAAUCUGAUGGACCAGCGUCAGCAGCAGCAGCUUCAGAACCUUCAGAAGCUCAUGAGCAACCCCAGCCAGCCCGGUGGGGGUGGGAUGGCUCCGGGCUCUGGUGGCAUGCAUCAGUCUCAGCAGGCAGGGCAAACGCAGCAGUCCCAACAACAACCUUCCCAGAUGCCCGGCCACUACCAGGGAGGGGCAGUCGGAGGAAUGCAACAAACUGGCUUUCCAGGUCCUCCGGGAGGGGGUGGAAACAUGACCCCUCAGCCCCAGACUGGCGGCAUGCCCGUGGGUCCCCAGGGGGGUCCAAACCAGAUGCACGGCAUGCAGCAGCAGGGUGGGGGCCAGAUGGGCAUGCCCCAGAACAACAUGUCCCAGAACAACAUGAUGCCGCAGCAACAGAUGAACCAGAUGGUAAGACCACAGCAGAACUUUCAGAAUACUAUGGUGAUGCAGGGCCAAAAGCCCCAGGCCCCGAUCCCGCCCCGGGCUCAAGUACCCCGCUCUUACCCGGUUCAGUCCACCCCGCCCAUACAGUCCAGGGCACCUAUGUCUCCUUAUGGUGGCUAUCCCUACAUGAUGUCCCCUCAGUCCGUUGUGACAGAUUCCCCUGUGUAUAGACAGCAGCCUUCACCAGCUCAGCCGACUCAGCAAGGAUCAGCUCCAGGAUCCAAUGCCAUGCAUUCCCCGGCCAGCUAUUUACAACCAUCACCCUCCCCUCAGGGCCUCUCCAUCCCCUCCCCAGCAAGUGCAGGCUCCCAGAGAGGAGGCCCUCCCAGUGUCCCUUCCCCUAGCAGCACACUCAAUACUCCAGGUAACCCAGCAUCAGUGGGGAGCAUCAACCCCAGCCCCGGGGGAGGGAUGCGAGGUGGACCGGGGUCCAACCAGGGCCAGGCGGAGCUGAUUGCCUACCAGGAGAAGAUGAGGUUCCUCUCAAAGUACAUUGAACCCUUGAAGAAGACCAUCCUGGCCAACAGCAACAGAGAGGAGUCCGGUGGUCUCAGUGCAACCGAUGUGAAUAAGAUGAAGGGUCUGCUAGAGAUCAUUGCUAACCCCAACCCUAACAAGAGACUCACCCUACAGCAGCUCACCAAGUGUGAACAGUACCUGGAGGGCUUUGAGCAGGUGAGGAAUCAACUCGCAACCUCCAACUCAACCUCCGCUGCAGGGACAUCGACAACAGCCACGUCCGCCAGCGCUACGUCGACAUUGGACACGAGGAUCAUGGGGAAGACGAACAUGUUCCAGCCUCUCCUGGAUGCAGUGAAGGCCAACAUUGAUUCCCCUUACAUCAACCACACCCUCCAGAGGACGUUCGGCCCCGCCCUGACGACCCUGCAAGGGAACCCAUCCCAUUUCCCAUCCCCGCCUGCCAAGAAGUUGAAGACAGAGCAUGACCGUAGCCCGACAACUCAGACUGCUAUCCCUAACAUCAUCCAAGGGGAGGUGGCCCGUCUUGCCCCAAAGUUCAGAGUGAACCUUGAUCCCAUGUUCCACACCAGUAGCAAGGAUGUCCAUCUCAUUUGCAGACUAGAUGACAAGCAUCUGCCGAGUGUUCCUCCAAUCAACGUUGCCAUACCAGAGCAGUAUCCAGAACUCAGUCCAAACUAUGACGUCUCGCAGCAAGAAUAUGGUCAAACCCCUUUCCUGAAGCUAGUCCAAGCGGCUCUUCAAAACCAAGUCAUGCGCAUGCCUGACCGCUACACGCUCACUCAGAUCCUCGAUGCCUGGGAGAUGAGCGUGAGGAAGUCCUGCCUCAAGAUGAUCGCUGCAAGAGAUGCAACAUGAACAGAUAUUCUUCAGAUGUACCGGCUAAAAGUUUAAUGGACUGGAAGUUUUGGGGGCAGGCAGAUUGGUGCUUUGUAUGCCA